AAUCGUCAAGUUACACAAACUUGUUUUGCAGGCAGCUUUAACCAAACCUUUACAGUGACCCCUGCAAGAGGAGACCGUGUUUCUGGGUUUUUUCACCCAGGAAUCAUUUAUCACACCAGCAACAAAACGGUGCAUUGAAAAAACCUGACCGGUGACCUUUGACCUUUGGCUUGUUUGUGCAGCAAAACAAAAAAACAACAUGGACGGAAGACAUGAGCUACUUUGUAUCAGAGCAGGCCAUCAGCAGCUGACUGCAGGAGGGAGGUGAACACGUGGUGCACGACCCUACAGACAGGUGUGAUGGCAGUUGGAGGUCUUACGACUGUAGAUGCGUGACUUUAGGGGUGCAGAGCUGCUCCAGCCGGCAUCAUGCAGCAGAAAGGCGCGAUCCAAAUCAUCGAAUGGGAGGACCUGGACAAGAGGAAGUUCUACUCCCUGGGCGUGUUCAUGACCUUGACCACCAGGGCCACAGUCUACCCGGCCAGCCUCAUCCGCACUCUGCUCCAGGUGCAGAAGGGGAAGGCCCUCUACUCCGGCACCUUCGAUGCUUUCUACAAGAUCCUGCGAGCGGAGGGCGUGCGAGGCCUCUACCGGGGCUUUAUGGUCAAUACGUUAACCCUGAUCUCAGGACAGGCUUACAUCACCACCUACGAACUGGUGCGCAAGUAUGUGAGCCAGUACUCGCCCAGUAACACGGUGAAGUCGGUGGUGGCUGGAGGGGCAGCGUCCCUGGUGGCCCAGACCAUCACUGUGCCAAUCGACGUGGUGUCCCAGCACCUGAUGAUGCAAGGGCAGGGGGAGCACCUGAGUCGCUUCAAGGCCAAACCCAAAAUGAUGCUCACAACGACGAAGCGCAGGCUGACUUUCGGGCAAAGCCGUGACAUCACGGUGCAGAUAUUUGCAGCCGAUGGUUUCAAGGGAUUUUACCGGGGCUACGUGGCGUCGCUACUCACGUACAUCCCGAACAGUGCACUGUGGUGGCCUUUUUACCAUUUUUAUACAGAGCAGCUGUCCUUGAUGGCGCCGAGUGAGUGUCCCCAUCUACUGCUGCAGGCUUUGGCAGGACCAAUGGCAGCAGCAACCGCCUCCACCAUCACCAACCCCAUGGAUGUCGUUCGAGCAAGAGUACAGGUGGAGGGACGAUCGUCUGUUAGCGAGACCUUCAAGCAGCUGCUGGCAGAGGAGGGCGUCUGGGCGAUGACCAAGGGUCUGUCGGCCCGCAUCAUCUCCUCCCUGCCCACGUCGGUGCUCAUAGUGGUGGGAUACGAGACUCUGAAGAGACUGAGUCUGCGAUCUGACCUCGUAGAUUCCAGACACUGGUGAAAGGCCAGAGGGAAGCAGGACAGCCUCGUACCAGGAUUCAUUCAACUCCGCACAGUCGGGUAGGUACUUUCAGGAGACGACAACCCAGAUCUGUGUCCAGCCUCGGGGUAACUGCUCACCUGUUUAGCUGCUUUCCACACACCCUUUUUAGAUCUGUGGUGUUUUAAUACAGGUUUAUGGCAGUAGACUGCAAAUAAUGGGAGUUAAAGGUGUUAUUAUCUUGUCUUUUUCUGUCAGACCUAUUUCUACUGGCCUUUUCUUUUGCUAAACGGCUUCUGUGAAAUGUGAAAAGAUGUAAAUGCCAUAUAAAAAGAACAAAUCAAAUCCUACUAAAAUAUGAUGAAUGUUGCUACUUAAAAGUAGCAUUAUUACCACCUCUACUGUAUAUUUAACCAAUACUGAAUGACUGCACCAGUGUAUUUCUUUAAUGCCUGGCUUUGGCAUUUCUGUUUUUUUUCCCUGUGUCAUACUUAAACGGCCAAAAGCAGCCUAAGCUUGUGAACAUGUGAUGCAGCUUUUGAGUUCACAAUCCAGCUGGGUUCAGUUUUUGUAUAAAAAGUAAAUCACAUUGUGUCAAAAUCUGGAGACACAAAUGCCUUAUUUGUCUUUUUGAGCAUUUGAAGAGCAGAAAAGCUUCAUCUAUGCGCAUUCCAGUGAAAACGUUGUGCAGAGGUGUACAACACCUGCUCAGAAUCUCACCUUGUUUUAGGCAUAAAUUAAGUAAGAAACACAAUUUGUUAUUUAAUGAAAGCAAUGCCGUUUCUGUACAUCUUCAAAAUGUAAAAAAUAAUCUAGACAUCCAAAAGAAUAUUAAAAAAAAUGUCUUUGUAACCUAAAGCCUUUCUGUAAUAUAUAUACACCUGUGUCACAUGAUUUAUUUACCUGCUGUCUCUUUCUGUUUUAUUUCUGUCUGUAUAAAUGGAAUGUACAAAACUAACGAAGAAAAGAGGCGAUGUAAACGUUACAGGCCUUAGACGCGGUUGUAUUAUUAACAGUGCUCAGAUGACUGGAGAUCACAUCAGCAACAGGACAGAAACCUGAAACCACCGGGCCUUUGUUUGGUUAAAGCUGUCACACAGGGAGAGUAAAGACAGCAGCAUAACACCAGCGCACACAGCCAAACUCCAACAGUGGCCUUCAGAUUUCACCAGUCAUUUACAGAGUGUGAGGUACAUCAACAAGGCCAUAUUUAGACUAUUACUGCCAUAAAAAACACACCUCAGUGAGGUUUGACACUCUCUGCUCUUUCUUUUAUAGAAUGAAAUAUUGUGCAAACAUCACUAUUCAGUUUGAUGAAUCCCAGUUUCUGAACUGAUGUGAUUUAUUCAACAAAAAAAAAAGGCCUUUGUGGUGGAAGUGCUACACAUGUAUUUACCGACUAUCUGCAGUGUGUGCAAUAAAGGUGUUGUUAAAAGUACGGUUUGUGUUUUAAACUUGGAAAACUUGUGUACCUUCGCUGAAAAGAAAUUAAAAAUUCUG